CCCCCCCCGUUUUUUAUCAGUUCCCUGGAAGGUAAGUCUGCCCUCAGGGCCAGCCAGAUUACCAGCCCCAAACUCCCCCAUUCCCCUGAGCCUUGGAACUGAUGGUGUGGAAGUGUCCCCCCUGCACGCCAUGCUGCCUUGCUGCUCAGAGUGGGUAAGUGACUCUGGAGCGCCCCCAGCUGGUGAUGUCUGCGGCGAGCCUGGAGCUGGUUCAUGGCGGGAUGGUUGGUACAGGGGGUGGGGGCGGCUACUACCCUCCUGAAGCAUUGUACCCAGAGUCUGCUGCUCAGACAUUGCACCUGGCGCUCUCUGUUCUGUAAUAAAAGCUCCUUUGUGACCCCCUGUGCCGCGGCUGGCCCGUUCCUCGCUGGGCUCCCCGGUGGGGUGGGGUGAAAUCGACCUGCCGGAUUCUCUGUGUGGGAGUCUGAUUCCCUUAAACCCCUGUCCUGAGAGAUGGCUCUGAGCCAAGCCCUCAGGCAGGGGCGGGAGCUGAAGGGAAUUACUCCCAGCCCAGUGAUUGUGAAAUUGGUGAAUUCUGGGCUUACCCCACCAAUAUCCCAGAAGGCUUUGGGGGGGGGCUUGUCUGGUCCGAGCAGCUUGUCCCUGCUGCCUUUAACACGGAGCCUAGAGAUGCGAGGAUGCACGGCUGCAUGGAGCAUCGCAUGCUGGGAGAGAACAUGGUGAAGCGGGUGCCUGGGAGGGGUCAUGCGCCCAGUGCGGAAGAGGGGCUGGGGUUUGACUACUGAGGUGCCCCCCCCGUCCCCCAGAGGUGACUGCCUACCUCUCCAUUGGCUUCAGAGCUAGUCUAUUCCCCCCCGGCUGCCUGAGAAGAGCCCUGCAGUUGCUGGGGGUCAGAUACUUCCUAGCAGCCCCCCGUGGGUGGGACGCAUCCCCAGCUCUUGGCGGGGGGGAGGGGGGGGUCUGAUGCGUUGAGUCACAGAGCACAGGAAACUGGCGCUGGCACCAGCUAGUACUUGUGCCACGUAGUGACCUGGUGCCAUCUGCCUCAAAGUGGGAUCCUACCGCUGCCACAAGGAGCUUCUGAAGUGGGGGGGGGCUUCAGGGGCCUCCCCCUCCCACACAGGGCUGGGGGUGCGGGGGAGCUUUGACAGUGCAGCUUCUCUGCAGGGUCCUACCCCUCUGUGGGCCUCAGCUGUAGUGAGCCUUGGGACAAUGGGCCCAGUAUGUUACCCGAGAGCCGGCCGGCCCCGCUCGCCCUCGCUCCCGGCUUGAGUUUGUGGCACUGGAUUAUUUUAAAAAGCGGAGUGGAAGGGGGCAGAGAAUUCGGAGCUGGUGACUUGGCCAUGCCCCACUGCCGGGGGAUGGGAUUCUGUCUCCCCCCCCUCUUGCGCGGGCUGGCAUGAAGACUCCUGGUCUGUUGUGGACAUGCAGCCACCUCUGGGUUGGACCGAAGCAGCCGUGCAGCAGCAGUACGCGGUCGGAGGCAACCGGCCCUAUCCCGGGAGAGCCCCAAGGCCAGAGAAUGGCUUUGCCCCGGCUGGUGUCUGGGACGUGCAUCCCCGAGGGCUGGGGGAGCGGGAAUGGUCAGGACGCAGGGGCGACAUUCUAUCCAAAACCUGGCACCUGCUCCUGGUAGCAUGGCCCCCCCAACAGCCGCGGGGGUCCCCCAUCGGCAGCACGGCCCCCUACAGCAGCUGUGGGGGUCAGCCUUCCCUCAGGAAAGGGCGCCCCCUAAUGCCAGCCAAGGCUCGGCGCCGCCAUGGGGGCAAGGGGCCCCCUGCCGGAGGAAUUGGCACCUGCUCUGCCCAAUGGGGUGGCUGCUCCAGGAACUCCGAAAAGGGCUCAGGGCGGUGACUAGAAACACAGCUGGGGUGGGCCGGGCUGCCCUCCCUGUGGGGGCAGUCUGAGCCCGGGGCGGCUGCAUUUCGCCCACCAUGGCUACCACCCGGCUGUGGGCCCGGGCCGCUCUGCUGGGCGCCCUGCUGGGGCUGGUGCAGGGGGACCGGCGGCUGGGCAAGCUGGCCGAGAAGAAGCUGUGUGCAGACGCCGACUGCAGCCAUCCGAUCUCCAUUGCGGUGGCUGUGCAGGAUUACAUCGCCCCCGACUGCCGCUUCGUCCCCAUCCAGCGCGGGCAAGUCGUCUACGUCUUCUCCAAGCUGAAGGGCCGCGGGCGACUGUUCUGGGGCGGCAGCGUGCAGGGAGAUUAUUACGGGGAGCACCCCGCCCGCCUGGGCUUCUUCCCCAGCAGCGUAGUCCAGGAGAACCAGUACCUCAAGCCGGGGAAGGUGGAGGUCAAAACCGAUCAAUGGGAUUUCUCCUGCCAGUGAGUCCUGCCUCGGGCCCAGCUGCCAGCGCUCCGGCUCCCGGCACACCCACCUGGGCCCCAUGACUUAGUGCUUGGCACCAGGCUGUGGUACUGUUCCCGAGCCCCGGGGUCAGGCGUGACUUUCCUUUGCUGUAGCAAUACUCCCCCCCCCCCCCCCCCCCC